AUGUCCAUUGCCAUGGCCAGCCUGUUAGAUGGAACGUACCAUAUAGAAAGUAGCCAGGGAUGGCAAAAGAAGAGCGAGCGGGAUGGAAAGGUUGUAGACAUGUACGCAGGCUCUAAUGAGGUCGAAAAAGGCGAAGCCUUGGCCAUCUCUGGAGCUAGAAGUUACAAUGGGCUAUGGGAGAUGUUAAAAAUGAAAGAGCUCCUACAUGUAUCCGUGAUUCGCCAAGGUAUUCAAGGCUGGGCAAGACGCUCUGCACCGGCGCGAGGGGGGGGCAGUAAUGAAAGAAGAGAGCUGACGCCUGCGAGAUCAACUCGUAGAGCAUCUGAGCAGCAGAAGGGACGACCAGCGAGAGACGAGCCAAGAAGCGAAAACAGAAAGAGCAAGAUAGAGUAGAAUGAGAACAAGAUAAGGGAAUAGUAU